GCCUCAGAGCCGGGGCGGCGGCGGCGGAAGAUGGCUGCGGCUGAGGCGACCGACACCCAGCUGAUGCUCGGAGUCGGGCUGAUCGAAAAGGACACAAAUGGAGAAGUUCUGUGGGUCUGGUGUUAUCCUUCCACGACAGCUGCAUUAAGGAAUCUGCUGCUCAGAAAAUGCUGCCUUACAGAUGAAAGCAAACUUCUCCAUCCCUUUGUCUUUGGUCAGUACAGACGAACAUGGUUUUAUAUCACAACAACUGAAGUUCCAGAUUCUUCUGUCUUGCAAAAGGUGACUCAUUUUUCUAUUGUUCUGACCGCCAAAGAUUUUAACCCAGAGAAAUAUGCUGCCUUCACUAGGAUAUUGUGUAGAAUGUACCUGAAACAUGGGAGCCCAGUUAAAAUGAUGGAGAGUUACAUUGCCGUUCUCACCAAGGGGAUAUGCCAGAGUGAAGAAAAUGGGUCAUUCCUUAGUAAGGACUUCGAUGUUCGAAAGGCAUACCUGGCAGGUUCCAUCAAAGACAUUGUAUCCCAAUUUGGAAUGGAAACUGUUAUAUUACACACUGCACUGAUGCUAAAAAAACGAAUUGUCAUCUAUCACCCCAAAAUAGAAGCUGUCCAAGAGUUCACCAGGACUCUGCCUGCCUUGGUGUGGCAUCGACAGGACUGGACUAUCCUGCAUUCCUAUGUGCACCUCAGUGCCGAUGAGCUGGAAGCCCUGCAGAUGUGCACAGGUUACAUUGCGGGCUUUGUAGAUUUGGAGGUGAACAAUAGACCAGACCUGUAUGAUGUGUUCGUGAAUCUGGCCGAUAGUGAGAUCAGCAUUGCUCCACUUGCAAAAGAGGCCAUGACAAUGGGCAAACUACACAAAGAGAUUGGCCAGCUCAUUGUUCAGUCUGCAGAAGACCCGGAGAAGUCAGAUAGCCAGGUUAUUCAGGAUAUUGCCCUGAAAACAAAAGAAAUCUUCACCAACCUAGCACCAUUUUCUGAAGUCUCCAACGAUGGAGGGAAGAGAGUCCUCAACUUGGAGGCCCUAAAGCAGAAACGAUUUCCCCCAGCAACCGAAAACUAUCUAUACCAUCUAGCAGCGGCUGAGCAAAUGCUGAAAAUCUGACUGUGAGCCGCACUGUCUGGUUGGCUGACAUCAAGCUUUCCUUUCACCCUGAUUUUCCAUUAACGACGUAAAUUACUGAAGAUUACAGAGGAAAUGUUAUAUUUUUUAGCCAUUUAUUUGAAAGUACUGAGAUCUGACCCCAAAAGCCCUGAAAUCCCACUGUGAUUUCGUCCCUGCCUGCUGUCCGUGUGAGAGCGCUGUUUCCACUACACACGGUGUGAGCCAGCACUGUCCGGAGCGAGGGAAGAGCCUCAGUAACGCAUUCCCCUGUGCCUCCUCGCGUAGCCAUAAACUAACAUUGAUUUUCAGAAAGCUGCCUGAAGUUUUGGUUUGUAUUCUUCCGGGAAGAACUGUAAUGCCUCACGAGGAACUCUACUUUCUGAGCCAAACUGCUAAGCUUUCUGCAGAACUGUCUAGAUCAUUCAAGAGGCUCUGCAGUUGCACUUUCUUGUAAAAGAUCCCCCCCCCCACCCCGGGCCUUUGAAUGUUUUGCUUAUAUUAUGAGGGUUUUGCAGAGAUUUUAUACUUUAGACAAUUUUAAGAAUCCAUAUUUAUACUGCACAGAAUGUAGGCAUUUGGCAGAUUUAAGCCAUCGGCACUCUUCAUUAGCCCCGCCCUGGCAAUAUUUAGGAAAGAAACCAGUCCUUAUCUGGUAGCAUCCAUAGACGCCCCUUUCAGUAUGAAUCUCUGGGCCUUAAACAAAGCCUUCACAGGAUUGGUAAGGGAGUGGAUCGGCUUCUUGCAGGGGCCUAGACCAGAGAACGUAAGCAUCUUGAAAGGCUUCAGUGAAAGUAGUCUGACCAUGUGUACCUUUUUCAUCGUUGAUGUUACAGAUGCCUAAUAAGCACAGAGGUCUACAUUAGAUACUCAUUUCAUUAUGUCUACUCAUAUUAAUUAGGAAAGAUUACUUUUCACUCAGCACUGCUGUCCUUCAAAAAUCUUACCUGGAAACAUGUUGGCAGGAAGUUUGUAUUGGAUCUUUUUUUCCCCUUGUUCUUAUACAUUUGUUAAGUAAAACAAACAAAAUAAGCUUUCCCCUCCUUCCUGGUGGGCACAGUGAGGACCUGGAAUGAGAUGAUGUUUACUGAGGCCAACAAGUGAGAAUUAAAUUUGCACUUUGUGACAAACAAUA